AUGUUUUUCUCCAACUCUCUCGUUAUCGCUCUCGCGACUCUGCUCGCAUCCGUCACAGCUACCCCAGUCCCCCAGGCACUGUUCCCAGAUGAUGGUAUCUACCGUUGGAAAGUAGAAGCUCUUGACCUCUAUUGUCCAUUCACACCCACCUGUGAAUACAAAUUCACGGUUGGGGGAGAUGCUUUCAACAAGAACGGGACAGACAUCCCCACAUUCAAUGCGACCUGCAGUGGCACCAAAGAAAGCGAUCCCUUCGUGCCAUGUACUUUCAAUGACGGCGCACCCGCUGGCAGAACUCUUUCCUCGAGGAUAAUACCCACUCCGAUUUUUGACGAAAGGGGGAAAAUUAGAGGUAGUCUCAUCAUUAGCUACCAGUUCACGGACGCAUCGAAACAAGCGUGGAAUUACACGAACAAUUUUUUCGAGGUCAAAUACCUCGAUUUUGAACCACAAAACUUCAAUGUCGAAGUAGGUGCGCCGGUUAAAAUUGGACCUCAGACUUCUUAG